UUAGCCGGUUAGCGAGAACGCUCGGCUCGUCGUACUUCGUUUUGUUGUUAUGUUAGUCAAGUUGAAGUUAUUCAUUCCUCCGUCGUUCGGCUGGACAUGUCAUGUCGGAGCUAACUUUCUCAAACGAGUUCCGUUUCAGUGCGAUUAUGUGUUAUUUGGUGAGGCUAUCUGAUUCAAUGGGCUCUGGCGAACGCACAUUCAGUUUAGUGGAGGUUCUGAGCCAUGGUUAUGAAGUACAACAAGAAGAGUCUGCUGAGGGGGCCAAGUCCCUAGAGGAACUGGAGAAGAGACUGGGGGCCAAGCAGAGUGGCGAGAUGCCCCUAGAGGAGCUGCUGGCGUUGUACGGGUACGAGGUGUCGGAUGCCGCUUUGGAGCACGACAGGGAGCCUAACGAGCUGGCGGCCACCCUUCCGGACAUGACACUGGACAAGGAUCAAAUAGCAAAGGAUCUGCUUUCAGGAGAGGAGGAAGAGGAAACGCAAUCAUCAGCAGAUGACCUCACUCCCUCUGUCACCUCCCAUGCCUCGGACCUCUUCCGACGCCACCUUAGGGCCCACUCCUUGGUAGACAAAGACAAGGACUCCUCUGCCAGCUCUUCAGAUGCAGACUCCGAUGACAGCUCAAUUCAUUCUGCUGAUGGCCGCAAGGAUAUCAUGGUUGGCCCUCAGUACCAGGCUAUAAUCCCUCCGCUCAACACCCACUCAUACCAGGAGAGAGCCUAUGAGAAUGAGGACCAGCUACUGUGGGCUCCAGGGGUGCUGUCAGGAGAGACUGUGGAGGAUUUCCUGCUGCAGGCUCAGAAGCAGGGGGGCCAAGAGGGGAGUGCUGACACCCCCACAUCUGGGGACAUUAUUAAGGACAAUGAGCAGGCUCUCUAUGAGUUGGUGAAAUGUAGCUUCAAUGCAGAGGAGGCACUCAGACGGCUGAGAUUUAACGUCAAAGUGUUCAACGAAGAAUUGUGUGCCUGGAGUGAGGAGGAGUGCCGAAACUUUGAACACGGAUAUCGGGUUCAUGGGAAGAACUUCCACCUAAUCCAAGCAAACAAGGUACGUACCCGUUCCGUCGGGGAAUGUGUGGAGUACUACUACAUGUGGAAGAAGUCGGACCGCCAUGACUUCUUCACUCAGCAGACCACAAAACUGGGCCGCAAGAAAUACAGUCUGCAGUCUGGGGCCAUAGAGGAUGGAGAGCAAGAUGGUGAUGGAGGAGAGGUGGAUGGUGCCAGCCACUCUCACAGCACAACAUCUGGACCUUUGCCCAGCUGUCAGCUGGGUCCUCCUUCCCCCACAGAGGUUCUUGACCUGGAAAAGCAAGAUGCAGAGCUGAGAGGACAGGUUGUCGAGCUGUGCAGGAAUCCCUGCCUAAGUCCACCUGGAGAUCCACUGUUUAGCCAGCUCUCCUUCCUAGCCACUCAAGAGGAGGCACUUGAGCCUGUUAAGAACUGUCCCGGCUCUGCCAGUUGCCCGGCUUCACCUCCCGAUUCGCUGCCCCACUUGCACACCUCGCAGGAACCCUGUGGCAGCCCUCAUCCUCAUCCUCCAGGUCCAGAGCUCUUAGGCCCUGGGUUUUAUCAGCUCCAGCUGGGGCCUUUUGUAAAAGACAGUGUGCCGGCCGGAGGCGAGCCCAAUGCCUCUAAGAGGCUACAGAUGGGCUUCUCCCUGCCCUCAGCACCGCCACCCUCUCCUGCUGUUGCUUCUACAGUCUCGGUCACCUCUGAGUUCGGAGUCAUCAGCAGCUUCCUUUGCCCCCAUGCCAUGCACACCCCCCCAGUCCAGCACCCCCGCUCCCUGACACAAUGAAGGGAAAAGAAUGGAUUGGGAGUGUAGCCCGGUACACAUUCCGAGCCGUCUUUUUUAAAUCUUUUUAAACUUGCCAUCUUCACCUUUUGUAGACUACAAUUUGGGGAGACGUUCUGACUGGUGAAGAGUAAUGGAAGUUAAAGGUUCUUAUCCAGAGAAGCGUGAACCCUUGAGAAGCAGACUGAGGUCUGCAGGAGCGGGGCAGUCUUGUGUGGUUAACCCCCUGCAUCUUCUGUGGGGUCGGACAUCAUCGUGAUGCAGGGGAAUCUUGUCUCAAGAAGCAGACGGCAAAGUAAGUCUCCUCUAGAACAGCGUGUGACCUUCAGCCUGAGGUGACUGUGACCCAGCAGUUUUCCAGCCAGCACUGCAACAGUGGACCCAGACCAGCUGGGUGCAAGGCUCCACUCCAGUGGCACACUUUCUCCAGCCACCAGUAAGCAGCCUUUCUCCAGUCACUUCCUGUGCAGCUUAUGGAUCUGGUAUCUCUUAUCCUUUUCCCAGAUGGGGCAUUCCAGGUCCAAGUUGAUUAAUCACUUAUUAACUGAAGAAUUGACUUUGCAAUGACAUUAUUAAAGUCCAUCACAUUGCACUGCUGUCAUGGUCCAGGUACUGCUCCUGAUAUGAGGACAGUCCCGAAAAGCUGCACAUUUUAACAUCUGCUCUGAGAUGGAGAGUCUCAGUCACUGACAUUUAAAAUCACUCCAUGUAGUUCAUUAUGAUGAAUUGUGCUAAAAGGUGUAUUUUAAAAUGCUGUAAAAUUCUGGAAAGUGAUUAAAGGUUUUGGCUGAUUUUUACUUACUUUUUAUAUUCUGAAUAUCAAGAGUGCAGUAUAAACACCAUGAAACACAAUGUGUGGAAACAUUUUGAGAAUUUAGCUUUUGUUUACUUUUUACAAGGAUUUUCAGUGUUACACUGUUUUUAAACAAAUUCUAUAAACUGCCCCUUGGUCUCCUCAGCAUUUUAACCGGAUGUUUUGACAAUUAUUCGACAGUCUUCUGACAGGUUAAUUUAAUGCCAAUAUUUUUGCUGGUGGACUCAGGUAAUGCAGUUCCUGUUUCCUUUAAAUCCUGAUUGCUAAUUUUUUGUUUCUACUUAUUUAUUCUUAGUUUUUGGAUGAAGAAUCAAGGCAUUGCUAGCAGGUCAGUUAGCCACAAGUGACCUAUGGGAUCAGCUGUAAAAUGAGGCCCCACAUGACCUCUCCCCUGCAGCAGUGUCACUCACAUACAGCAAUGCUAGAACUGACAGUAGGGUCUUUAUUUUCGUUUUUUAUGAUCAUUGGGUAAAACUGUGUUCUUCCUGUCCUCAGCAUUUUGAGAAAUGCCUAUUUUUGUUUACAGUUUUUGAGAGAAAAUGUAGGAGGGAGGAGAAACACUGCCUUUAUUCUUUAAUUCUUAUUUGGGAACUUAUAUUGUAUCUGUUCCAGAUUUGUCAAAGUUAUAUUUUGUAAGAAAAAGAAAAAAAAAAAAAUUAUAUAUAUAUAUAGAAAUAGCACAUUGAGCCUCAUUCACACUGGAAUUAUACACAUACACACAUGCAUACAAACUUAGCAACAUAUGUAAACACAAGUUACACCAUUGGAGUUUUGGUUUUCUGCUCAUGCAUACAGACAUACAUACAUACAUAAAUGUACUUUGUGUUUGUUCCAGUGAGACUAAGUUUUUUGUUUUAAAUGAGUUUGUUUGUGGCAGCACAAAGAAAUACUCUCAAAAGCAGACAAACUCCCAGGAGCAGCCAGCAGUAGGCCCUGUCCUUUGUGGGAGAAUUCCAGAUCUCAGGUGUCUGACACUUCAUACUGUAUGCUCAAAACUUAUCAGGAAGAAUGUCUUUAUAAAAUGUCUGUUGUAGUGUUUUAUGCUAUAAGUGCAGUUGAGAUCAGUAAUUUCCAGGUAUUUUGUCUUUUAUUGAAUGCGGUGCUCAGUUUUAAAUCAGCUCAGUCUGUGAUGUCUCUCACCAUAUUAUGUAAGUUUUGUGCUUGGACGAUGCUGGUAAUUAUGAGGACACUGUAACUUACUGGAAAGUCUUGACUUGUUCCAUAUGAACAAGCUUAGUGUGAAGCUCGACUCCGUCCAAAGUCAACAUGUAGUCCAGGGAAGAAGUUAUGGGUGGGACUGGAACAGAGCUACUAAAUUUGUACAAUAUUUAACCAUUGUGCACAGGUCUUGGAUUAAUUUUUUUUUUUUUUUUUUUUUGGUUUUGCUUUUUUGUGCACACCCAGCCAAAAACAUGGUCAAAAUGUUCACUGAACAAGUGAAAAUGUUUACAAAAUGUAAAUGCAGACGUUGCUCUAUACUCUAAUAUCCCUUGUUACAAAUGGAUGUCUUCUGUUAAUGAAAUUACUAGAAAAUGUUUUUAAAAUACAGAACACUGCAAGCUUAUUAUGCUGCAUUCCACAUAGUGAGAUGGGAUCUACUGUCUUCAUGAUUAUGCUUCCACAUGAUUAUUUGUUAGUUGUUUGCUUCAAAAAACGAUGGCCUACAGGUGUAAGAGGAGGCAUCCAUGUAAACUGUACAGACUUGGAAGUUUUCAGUUUCUAAUAUAGCUAUCUAAACCAUUACUUUACCUCCAGCGAGCUCAUACACUUCUGUUGAAAUAUAAUUUAAGCCAGCUAUAUCAGAAUAACUGCAUUAUUCUGCAGAGUUAUAUGUUAGAUGACCAGGUUGGAAAAAACAACUUACACAGCAGAGAAUUUACUAAUGGGGGAAAGCAGGAUGGACAUCUGGUGUAAUUUUCAAAGGGGAGAUAAU